UAAUGUAAAACAUGAUUAAUUAGUCUUCUCCUCUAUAUAUAUAAUUUGGGGUCAUAAGUAUAGGCACCUACUUAAAUCACUAAAUUAUUCCUUACAAAUAAUAAUAAAACCAAAUGGCUGGAGAUUGUUGCCAUUUUAAACACAAGCAACACAAGAUAAAGAAAGGGUUAUGGAGCCCUGAAGAAGAUGAAAAACUCUUCUCCUACAUUGUCAAAUUUGGUGUUGGAUCUUGGACUUCUGUUCCUCAUCGUGCCGGAUUAGAGAGGUGCGGAAAGAGUUGUAGGCUUCGAUGGGUGAACUACUUGAGGCCGGGUCUCAAAAGAGGUAGCUUUUCGCAACAAGAACAAGAUAUCAUACUUUACCUUCAUCAACUUUUUGGAAACAGGUGGGCUCAGAUUGCUACACAGUUGCCUGGAAGAACAGAUAACGAGAUCAAGAACUUUUGGAACUCGUGUUUGAAGAAGAAGUUGAUUAAACAAGGGAUUGAUCCAAACACCCACAAACCGAUUUUUGCCUCUAACGAGUGUAACAAAAACAUUAUUCCAAGGGGAAAGCCGGUUGAAUUGCAGGAAGCUUUUCAUAUGAACAACAAUGGUGGGUUGACAUUUGGAGAAAAUUUCAUGAAAAGUAACUUGUUUGUAGACGAAUCUGAGAUGGGUAUCGAUCCAAUGGGGUUUGAUUGCAAUCUUUUUGAGCAAUAUAAGCAGAUAAAUUGUGAAACAUCAUCACCAAGCUUCGAUUUUUCUGAUACUUUGGCUUCAAGAACAAUGAUGGAUACAUUCAUUAAAGAGGAAUCAAGAGAGAGUUCGAGUUGUACUAACUAUUCAAACAUGAACAAUCUUUCUGCAGAAAUCUGUAAGUAUGAAGAAUGGAAUGCAAGCGAGUGGCAAGAAUUGCAGAAGGUACUAGCUUCUAAUGGAGAUCUGGAUAGUUACCCGAUGGGGUUGCUAUCCGAAAACCUUCUAGGGGCGUUGUUCGCUAAUUGAUAGACCGACGAUCACGAGUUCAGUCAUGCUAACAACUUCCACGAGAGUGAAAGACACAUACUUCCAUUUUCUGACUAUUAACGAGGUCCACGUUUGACAACAAGAAACUAAAUAAGACUUGUGUCGAUUGGCAUGGGGAUUUUUAUGAUAUGUUUGGGUGUGUCGUUAAUACUUAUCUUUGAUCUUAUUAUGGAGCUACAGAAACGAUUCGUGUUUGAUUGAUUGAAAGGGUUAGUGUAACAUCUUCUUUGAAUGUUGUAUAUCGACCGGGAAUAAAUAUAUAUCGAUUGGUUCUUAUA